CGUGUGUUCGGCGUUUGUGCAUCAUGAGUCAUGACAAUCCACGCUCGGGAUGGACAAGCAUCACCCCUGAAAUGGAUGUAGUUUUCGAAUAAAGAGUGUACCACUGAUGUCACCAAAGUGGAACCAGCCACCCCACUUGGGAAUCCAGCUGGGACCUUCCACAUUCAACUGGAACCAUUCCGGGACCAUCAAACAUCCAACUGGACCCAGUCCAGAUUCAACUGGAACCAUUCUGGGACCAGUCCAGAUUUUCGCCUGGGGAGCGUUCACCAAGUGCCGGCGUUCACUUUGAGUGACCAUGACUUCGAAAGGGAAAAACAACUUUCUCAUCGUGAAAUUUCCUGGAGAAAACAACGACGUAGCUGUGGUACAUGCAAGCUGGGUGGACGGGAUGUUUUGUUGGUGGCCACCUGAGAAGAAUUCAAACAAACUGAGAACUAUGGUAAUCAAGGGACAAACACCAGCGCAAGACUGGAGAAGAGUGGAGUGCGGUGUGCUAGAUGGAUUUAGCUCCUAUGAAGAUGCAAGGAAAAAGCUCCCUGCAGCUGAACAGACAUCAGACUUGCAGUCGGAUGCAGAGCCAAAACGUGUGCGAAGGAAACCGUCUCGACUGAUACACAGCAGCAGCUCUGAUAGUGACAGUGGGCAAGCAACAUUGCCACCUCCUCCAGCAAGUGAUAGCACUCAGGGAUCUCAGUUGUGCUUGUCUGGGUCACAGCAUUUUGGCACGACAGACUUGAGACAGGAGUUUGAUCCUUCAGUACGUCACACUUUUGCUACGCUACCAAGAGCCUUUGAAAACGAGGUACUGAGGUUGCUCCAUGCUCUAAGGGCCGUCCAAGAAGACCACUCUACACAGUUGAAUGAUAUAUCAUCUGCCCUGCAACAACGCACAUCACAAAUGGCCACUGAGGAGAGUGAUGACACUAAGCCUUAUGCAGUGCUUGAGCGGUUCCUGGAUGUUGACAGUUCCCCCAAUGAGGAAAGCGAGAUGCAAAAAAUGGUGGCAAUGCUUCAGAAGUACGGAGGGACAAACACGAGGGACGCAACUCAAAGAAUUCUUCGUGCUCUGAUGACUGAUGAGGUGGCAACAUCAUUCAGUUGGCAAGGCGGAAAAGGGAAAAUGAAAUUCUGCGACCUUUUGUGCUGCAACGCCAUAUUCCGCAUCGUGAUGUCCAAGCGGCUGCUGAAGAACGCCACACGCAGCGAAGUGGAGCACAACAUAAAAUCGUGGCUGAGGCACGCCAAAGAGCGCCACGACAGGGCGUGUAAAUAAGCGAAAGAGUGGAAGGACUAAAUAAGGGCAAAAGGUGGCAGCUAUGUACAGUUUUCUUGUGUGCAAAUAUGGAAUGACUUUACAGUGUCUUAACUGUCUUGAUGCAUCAGUCAUGCUGGUUUUGUACAACUACAAAAUGCUUCAAGGGGUGACAAUGAUGAAAGAAUGCAGAGUGUAACACUAGGACGGACAAGCACGCACGAACAGCUUAAUGUGGGUAACUUAGGCAAUGUCUUUCCUGAGUUCUUUCAAAAGAUGACUUUCACAGGGAAGUAGGCCUAUACAGGG